AUACAGGUCAGAAGCUUAACUUGAUGCUUCACCUAACCUCCUGGGAUUCUCACACAAGUGUGGUUAAAAACACAAAAACAUCCAGUGAGCAGCAUUUGGAAACAGGGUUAAUUGGAGAGAUCAGGGGAGAAUGGCCAGACAUCUUUGAAAAGAUUAAAGUAACUCAGAUACCCACUCUUCACAACUGUGAUGAGCAGCAUUUCAGAAUGAACAACAGGUCCAACCUGCAGGUGAAUCACCAACACUGGACAGUUGAGGGUUGAAGAAUGUAGCCUGAUCUCCCCAGUGGUAGCUGGGGAGAAUACGAUACACAAAGAAUGAUAUGUGGAGAGCCAUAAUAAUACAGUGCUGCCAUCAUGUGGCAAAGAGCAUCACUUACACCACUCUCACUGCUAAAAGUCACCAUCUGUUGUUGCCGUUUCCACGGCAACGGUCUCCUGUUACCUGGUGCAGGUGAGAACCAGCUGAGGCAAACAACAGAGCAGAGGAGACGCAGAGAUUACAACAGAACAAAUAUGACCAGCCUCUUCUCCAGCCGGGACAUCCAAGUGAAGAGCAUGGAGCAGACAGUGAAACAUGCUGAGAAGUACCUGGGUGAGAUCUGCUACCUGCUGGGCUCCUACACCAGGAAGACAGCUAAGCUCAGAGACAAGGCCGACCUGCUGGUGGCUCAGCUCUUCGACUUCUCCAGCACAGAGGGCCCAGAGCUCCAGAUCGGCCUGAAAAACCUGGCAGAAGAUUUAGCCAUGGUCCAGGACUACAGGCAGGCUCAGGUGGAGAGACUAGAGACAAGAGUUGUUGCUCCUCUGAAAGCCUAUGGAGACAUAGUGAAAAAUAAAAGGGCUGAUCUGAAGAAGUUCAACACUGAUCUGAACAGAGAGCUGAAGGAGAUGCAGAAGCUGGAGAAAAUCAGGCUGAGGAACCCAGCAGAUCGACAGAGCAUUUCCCAGGCUGAAGUUAAUGCUCAGAAGGCUUCAAACAAUGCUCAGCACAGCAUCAGACAAGUAGAGGCGACCAUCACAGACUUCCAGAGACAGAAACUGGAGGAUAUCAAAAAGAUUUUCACAGACUUCAUCACGGUGGAGAUGCUCUUCCAUGCUAAAGCACUGGAGGUCUAUACACACACCAACCAGAACCUGGAGGCCAUGAAUGUUCAAAAGGAUCUAGAGCUGUUUAGUGGACGGCUCAUGAUGUCUGAUUCUCUGGCUGGGCGCCUGGAUACCCCUCUGAGCAGCCACUCUUCUCCACUCAUGAGCCGCUACCCAAGUCCUCCUGCGGCCUUCCCCAAAGGCCAAAGCCUCAGGCCAAUGCAGGCUCUCACUAUAGGCCUAAACAGCAGGCAACCACUCAGUCAGUUCCCAGAAAAAGCCAGGAGGUCUCGUAGUACCUUACAACGUCAAAGAGGUAUGGAGGAAGCGGAACCUGAGGAGGAAGAGGAGGAUGAGGAAGAAGAAGACGAGGAAGAAGAGGAUGAGAUGUAUGAAUCAGAAAUCGAGGAGGCUCAGCACACCAGCAGACAGUCUUACGCUGCUCAAUAUGCCCAAAUGCACAGAUGGCAAAAGUAACAGCCUGUGCAUGGACACACACACAUCAGACCCAACCAAAUGUGCACAGUGCUGCUCCUGGACAGAUGAACAUUUUGUUGUUAGCUAGUUUCCUCCACACUUGAAUCCGUGCGUCAGCACUUAUUGUUGCAGUCUUUACAAUAUUAAUGUGUUUAACUGAAAUAUGUACCACUGAAUUCACUGAAAUUUGUUUAGUUCAUAUACAUAGUUAUAGCAAUGCUAUAAUCUAUUAGUUUGUAGUCCCUGCUGCUCGGUUUAGCAGAACAAAGUUCCAAAAACAUCUUCAUCUGAUGAAUGAUUCUUGCACAUAAAAAAGAAAUGACUACAACAGAUGCAGCAAACAAUAUGAAAUGGUACCAAAAUGUAAUGUCAUCAGGAAAUGGAAGUUAAGGGGACAUGAAAAAGUUAAGACAAGAUAUAGGAUUAAACUUUCAGAUAAAAUUGCAUGUGUGAUGGACUAAUAAUAUGUCUACAUGGAAGAGUCAUCAGAAGGAAAUCUUUCCUGCAACUUCAUCACAAAUAAUGUGCAUGUGCCGAAAUGUGGAUUUCUAAGAACUUUAAA